AUGUAUGACCGGGCGCCCCGCUUGCUCAGGUUGUCUGAAGGUGGCAGCACUGAGGCCCAUGUGGGUCCUGGGUCCUACCAGGUUCCCCUCCUGAAGCAGCAGGUGACAGGUGGUUAUACACCAUUUCUUUCUUUGACUGCCAGAAAAAGUACUUUUGAUACUUUUCCUGUUGCCUCUAACAUUGAGAAAGUGGUUCCAGGUCCAGGAUACUAUAAUGUUUCAGAAGCACAGAAAAUUUCAAGAGCACUUACUAGAAGUAUUGUUCCUUCAAUUCCUUCUUGUGUGAAGUCAUGUGGUUAUCUUAUUAAAGAGGAUGACAGCCUUAUAAAAUGUUUUCCACCUGCUAGUGACAGUACGCUAGGUCCAGCCUAUUAUAAACCUCAAUUUGGUGUUUCUAAUGCAACUUUGAAAUACAAAGGUAUACAUUUUGGCAACUCUUCAGGAAGAAGGGAGUUACCUAAAAAGUCAGGUCCUGGUCCUGGACAGUAUGAUAUCAUUCAGAAAAAGACAUUACAUUAUGAAAAUAUUAACAUCAAGAAAGAUGAACAGCAAAAUUACUGCACAUUCCUCCCACGAUUAUAUGAUGUGAUAAUAUUGCAGGAGAAAAAAAAGAGAUUCUUACCUAUAAAAUCAAUCACCCCAGCUCCAGGCACAUAUAAUGAACCUCGAACUGCUCUUAUGUCCUUGAAGACAACAUUAAGACAGAAAAAUAUCCCAUUUGGUCAAAGUGCUGCUCGAUUCACAGAGGACUUCAGGACGGCAAAAAUGCCAGGUCCUGCUUUGUAUAAUAUCCUGAAUAAUACUAUAAUUGCCAAAGUUGGAAAUAUCUGCUUGAAGAAAAAACGUACAAGUGCAUUUGGUUCUACUAUUCCUCGUACUUUUUUCCUGGUUCAGAAAAAACCUUCUACUCCGGGGCCUGCUGAUUAUCAGGCUUUUUGGAAUUCACAGACCAGUGGAAUUUCUGAUGAAUUGCCUAACUUGACUAAUAAAUACGCUGUUUUCCUGUCAAGAGCAGAAAGAACUACUAAAAUGCCAGAUAUGGGUGUUCCACCACCAGGCCGCUAUGAUGUACAAAAAUCAUAUGAGAUGUCCCAAGUUAAACAUAAAUACAUGCCACCUCGUAGUUUAGUAGCCAGAAGGAAACAUACCUCUUUUCUUAGUGCGGCACCUCGAUGCCUGGGAAAAUUACCUGAUGGGCCAGGGCCUGCAUCAUACAAUCCCAUUUUAAGGAACUCUUGCCCCAUGCCCUUAUUUGUUAAUACAUCAAAACGCUUUGAAGAUUCCAAAGAGAUUACUCCUGGCCCAACAACAUAUGAGGUUUGUCAAUAUUUCUCUGUUAUCAAUGACACAGAUGUCUAA